AUGAAGCAACCAAAGCUGAUUCUGAAAUACGUUUUUGUCUCUAUCUUCAUCACUCUACCUCUCAUCCUCUUCUUUUUUAUACAACUACGUAGACCCGAAAAAGAACUCAUCAGAAUCCGACCCGGUUACACGUCUUACGAUUACUACAUCCAACGACAGCUCAACAAGACGCUUAACCCUAGGCUACGUACAAUAUGGAUGACACGAGACUGGGACCGUAAGAUCAAAGUGUUCUCAAGAUUCUUCCAAGAUCUGAAACAUCAAGGUCUCUUGUCCAACGCUUCUAAAUGUCUCUGCAUCGGAGCUCGAGUCGGGCAAGAAGUGGAGGCCCUGAAACGUGUGGGCGUAACCGACUCGGUGGGAAUGGAUCUGGUGCCCUAUCCGCCGUUGGUGAUCAAAGGAGACUUUCAUCAUCAACCGUUCGAUGAGGAGACGUUCGACUUUGAAUUCUCCAACGUGUUCGAUCAUGCGCUUUACCCGGACAAGUUCGUUGGAGAGAUCGAACGGACAUUGAGACCAGGAGGUUUAUGUGUUUUAUACGUGGCUCUCUCUACACGCUCGGAUAAGUAUUCGGCGAAUGAUCUGUACAGUGUGGAGGCAUUGGUGAGGCUAUUCCGACGAUCGGACGUGGUUCAUGUCCGAAAUGUAGACGGCUUCGGGUUGGACACGGAGGUCGUGUUUAGGAAGAAAAGGGAUUCGUCAAUCAUAGUACGGUCAUGA